CUCUUUUCAGGGAUUUGUGGUACAUGUCCUUCGCUCUAGAGAAUCACCUUCCACAGAACCCAGUCACAGCAUGAAGUCCAAUCCCGCCAUCCAAGCUGCUAUUGACCUCACGGCAGGGGCCGCAGGGGGCACAGCAUGUGUACUGACGGGGCAGCCCUUCGACACGAUGAAGGUGAAGAUGCAGACGUUCCCAGACCUCUACCGGGGCCUCACCGACUGCUGCCUGAAGACCUACUCCCAGGUGGGCUUCCGUGGCUUCUACAAGGGCACCAGCCCCGCGCUGAUUGCCAAUAUCGCAGAGAACUCGGUGCUCUUCAUGUGUUAUGGCUUCUGCCAGCAGGUGGUCCGCAGAGUGGUUGGAUUGGACAGGCAGGCAAAACUGAGUGACCUCCAGAAUGCAGCCGCUGGGUCCUUUGCCUCCGCCUUCGCUGCACUGGUUCUCUGCCCCACAGAGCUCGUGAAGUGCCGGCUGCAGACCAUGUAUGAAAUGGAGAUGUCAGGAAAGAUAGCUGCAAGCCAGAAUACAGUCUGGUCAGUUGUGAAAGAGAUCUUUCGGAAGGACGGUCCCUUGGGCUUCUACCAUGGACUCUCAAGCACCUUACUUCGAGAGGUGCCAGGCUACUUCUUCUUCUUUGGUGGCUAUGAACUGAGCAGAUCAUUUUUCGCAUCAGGAAGAUCUAAGGAUGAACUAGGUCCUGUCCCGUUGAUGCUCAGUGGUGGGUUUGGUGGCAUUUGCCUUUGGCUUGCUGUAUAUCCAGUGGAUUGUAUCAAAUCUAGAAUUCAAGUUCUCUCUAUGACUGGAAAACAGACAGGUUUCCUCAGAACCUUCCUGAGCAUCGUGAAGAAUGAAGGAAUAACAGCCUUGUAUUCUGGACUGAAACCAACUAUGAUCCGAGCAUUCCCUGCCAACGGGGCGUUAUUCUUGGCCUACGAGUAUAGCAGGAAGUUGAUGAUGAGCCAGGUGGAAGCAUGCUGACGUGUCCUGGU